AACAUUACUGUCUGAGUAAGCAGGAGACGGAGACGUUUCAUAGAAGCAUCAGCCAUGGACCUGAUCACCGGAAUACUGCUGGGACUUCUCCUAAAAGAUGAUAUGUGGAGAUCGGUAGAAGCGCAGACAUUUGAAUUGCCAAAAACCAUGAAAACUUUGGAAGGCUCCUGUGUUGUCAUCCCAUGCAAGUUCACUAUUGCUAAACCAAAGCCGGUCAUCCAAUGGCUCAAGUACAGCAAAAGCAAUCAGGGAGAAAUCUAUAACAGCAAGAAUUCGAGUUCGGUGCUCAAGUCAUUUUUGGGUCGGGUAUCUUUAGUGGGGGACCUGGCCAAAGGGAACUGCACCAUCAGGAUCAAUAAUGUGAGCUCCAUGGAUGGUGGCCUCUACUUUCCUCAGAUCGACUCUGACCCACCAACAUGGAAAGAAGAAAGCGAGGAUGAGGUUUAUCUUUAUAUUAGCUACAUUCCAGAACUUAAUAUAUCUGGUCCUGAAUUACUAAUAGAAGGAAAUACCUAUGUCUUCACUUGUGCUGCCAAACACACCUGUCCUGCCAACCCACCAACACUCACGUGGAACGUCGGGAAUCUGUCUGCCAAAACACAUCACAAAGAGCUGCUGAACGGAGAGUGGGAGACCGUCUCAAAACUAACCUACAAAGUAGACUCAGAAGAUAAUUUGGAAAUCCUGAAAUGUUUUGCGCAGUAUCCUAACAGACAAAAAAAAGAAAAACUAAAGGUGCUCAGGGUAUUGCAUCCUCCAAAAAUGGUGUCCGUCCAAAGUACCCACGAGACCGGCCAUGUGAGGAAAGGUGACAAGUUUUCACUGAUUUGUCAGGGUUAUGGAAACCCGGAUAUUACCAAUUACACCUGGUACAAGAACAAUCAGAUUGUCCUCUAUGGAGAGGACUUUGAAGUGGAUGGGAUGACGGAAGACAAAUCUGGACAGUAUUAUUGUGUGGCUAGGAAUGAUAUCGGGGGGACCAAAUCUGAGCCAAUCACACUGCUUUGUGUGGACUGUGCGUCUUCACACAUCAAAGGAGUGGUGGCGGCAGUUGUUAUGGUGGUGUUGCUCAUAUUAUUGGCAGUAGUCAUUGUGAUAUGGUAUAGAAGAAAAAGAGCUUCAAGGCCACCGAAUCCUGCAACUGAGGAAGCCUCCAGAGAUACCAAUCUCUAUGUGAAUGUUACAGUGCCGCAUAAUCCAAAACCUGUGGUUGAAAGUCCUUAUGCAGCAUUGCAGACAGACGACAGAUGUCCGGACUACGAACAAAUCCAGCUACAAGAUAACCAAGCAAGGAACACGCCACCAUUCCACACAUCUCCAUCCUAUUCGCUGUAUGAAGAGGUCGUCCCAUUCAGGAGUCAACAGAAUAUGAAGAGGAAAAAAUAAUUCUUGAUUGCUCCGUCUUUUGUAAAGCCUUGUAAAAAAAAAAAAUA